ACGAGAUUACGUUCGACGUUGAGUAGUCGCCAUAUUCCAACUGAAAUUUGCAGUGCAUUUCAAAGAAGUAGACAAUUCGAAAUAUUCACUAUAUAUAGUUAUUUCAAACGAAUUUAAUAUGUCGGACAGGGAAUGUAGUGGUGAGAGUAGUUCAGAUAGUGAUGACAACCAAAGCCGUUCAUCUAGUGAUAGUGAAGAACUGAAAGAUAGCCCUCGAUACAGUAGAACAGAGUCGCAACGUGAAGCUAUCAAGGAGUCACAGAAAAAGAGAAAAAUUAGCACUGAUGAAGAAAAUACUGAUCCUAAAGCAAAAUCCCAAAAAACUGAUUUAGAGAUAUCACCUAAAAGUAAGGAAGUAUCACCUAAAAGUGAAAGUAAAAGAAAAAACGCAGAGUCAUCUUCACCCAGAAAAAGAAAAGAACAUUCUCCUCGGGGAAGGGAAAGAGAUGAAAGUUAUGAAAAGAGUGAAGGCGAAUAUACAGACAGUGAUGAGAGUGAAGAUACUAGAGGGCCUGGUGUAAAAAGUGUAGUGCAAAGUGUUGUACAGAGAAGAUCUCCAUCGCCAAGGAGAUAUGAUGAGAGGCGUUCCAGGUCAUCUCGCUAUCAUGAGAGAGACAGGACUAGAGGGAGAUCUCGAGACAGGUACAGAGACAACUAUGAUCGGGGUGAUAAACGAAGGAAUGGAGCAGAUACUACUGAAGAUAAGGAAAACAAGCAGAUAUCUGAAGAACCAUCGAUCAAGAAGAAGAAAGAAGAAACGCUAGUAACCAGAACUGGUGGCGCAUACAUCCCGCCAGCUAAACUACGAAUGUUGCAGGCACAGAUCACAGAUAAGUCAAGUGUGCAAUAUCAACGAAUAGCAUGGGAAGCUUUGAAGAAAAGUAUCAACGGUUUGGUCAACAAAAUUAACAUAUCUAAUAUAGUGAUUAUAGUCACUGAGUUGUUUCAAGAAAAUAUUGUAAGAGGAAGAGGUUUAUUGUCACGAUCUAUACUGCAGGCACAGACAGCAUCUCCAACAUUCACUCAUGUAUAUGCAGCUUUAGUUGCGAUCAUAAACACAAAGUUUCCCCAGAUUGGUGAAUUGAUCCUGAAGCGAUGUAUUGUGCAGUUUAAGAGAUCUUACAAACGCAAUGAUAAGUCAGUUUGUUUAAGUUCUGUCAGAUUUAUAGGCCAUCUUGUCAACCAGCAAGUGGCUCAUGAAGUGAUAGCACUGGAAAUAUUAACAGUGUUAUUGGAAAAUCCUACUGACGAUUCUGUUGAAGUUGCUAUUGGUUUUCUCAAAGAGUGUGGACAAAAGCUGACAGAGGUUUCCCCCAGAGGAAUCCAUGCAAUAUUUGAGAGGCUGCGUAGUAUUCUACAUGAAGCACAGAUUGAAAAGAGAGUACAGUACAUGAUAGAAGUGAUGUUUGCUAUACGUAAAGAUCAGUUUAAAGACCACCCAUCAGUACUGGAAGAGUUAGAUAAAGUAGAUGAAGCUGACCAGUUUACUCAUCUGUUAACACUUGAAGAUGAACAUAAACCAGAAAAUGAACUAAAUGUGUUCAAAGAAGACCCAGAAUAUUUAGACAAUGAAGAGAACUAUAAAGCUAUCAAGAAAGAGAUAUUGGAUGAGGGUAGUAGUGGUUCAGAAUCUGGUGAAGAAGGGAGCUCCGAUGAAGAAGACUCAGAAGAAGAAGAAGAUGAAGAGAAGAAAACAGAAAUAAUUGACCAGACUGAGACUAAUUUAAUAGCUUUAAGAAGAACAAUUUAUUUAACCAUUCAAUCAAGUUUGGACUUUGAAGAGUGUGCACAUAAGUUAUUAAAAGUGGAAUUGAAACCAGGACAGGAGAAAGAGUUAUGUAAUAUGUUUUUGGAUUGCUGUGCCCAGCAAAGAUCUUAUGAAAAAUUCUUUGGUCUGCUGUCACAGAGAUUUUGUCAGUUGAAGAAAGAGUAUGUUCAGCAGUUUGAAUUCAUUUUCAAGGAACAAUAUGAUACUUGUCAUAGAUUGGAAACAAAUAAAUUACGUAAUGUGGCCAAGAUAUUUGCCCAUUUAUUGUAUACUGACGCAAUUGCUUGGACGGUGCUUUCAUGUAUAUCUUUGAAUGAAGAAGAUACCACAUCAUCUAGUAGAAUAUUUGUCAAGAUUUUAUUCCAAGAACUGUCUGAAUAUAUGGGCUUACAAAAAUUGAAUGAAAGACUCAAAGACCAAUUCUUACAGCCAUUUUUUGAAGGAUUAUUUCCAAGAGACAAUCCUGCUAAUACAAGAUUUGCUAUCAACUUCUUUACAACUAUUGGUCUUGGAGGACUCACUGAUGAAUUACGUGACCACCUGAAGAAUUUACCUAAGUUAAUAAUGGCACAAAGACAAGAAGCAGAGGCUUCAGAUUCUAGUAGUGAUUCAUCCAGUGGUUCCUCUGAUUCCUCUGAAUCUUCUGAAGAGUCUUCUGAUUCUGAGGAUGAAAAGAAAAAAAGAAAAAUGAAACAAGCUCAGAAACGGAAAGAAAGGUCAAAAGAAAAAGGGCAUCAUAGAAGUGAAAGUAAUCAAAAGGAGAGUGCAGUUAGCAGAAAAGAAAGAACUCAAGAUGCAAGGAGAAAGUCAAGAGACAAAGACACCAGAAAACGAAGUAGGGACGUCAGAGAUCAAACAAUGAAUAUGGACAAAGAGCAUGGCAAUAAAUUAGUAAAUGAAAGUCGUACUAGUGAGAAGAACAUUUCUAAAAAAGAUACUGUGAAAAAAAGACAGGAAAGUGUGAGGGGUCAAAGAGAAUCCAACAGACAUUCUGGAAAAGUAGAAACAAGUUCUGGACAAAAUAGAACAAAUCAUUAUGCUAGUGAUGAAGAGUAUCAAAAUAAAAGCAGGCAGGAGAGAAAGGUAAUCAUUCAUAAAAAAGCUGUGGAUUCCAGUGAUGAAGAAUCACUUGUGAGAAGAAACGAGCAUAGUGAGAGAGAAAGUAGGAGAGAUGAAGAUAACAGGAGAUCAAGUAAAACAAAAGAUAAGAGACAUGAUACUGGUGUGAUGCGAAGGGAAGUACAAGUUAUACCAAAACAAAGAAAUGAUGAAGAAUCAAGUGAGGAGGAAGUGAGACAUGAUAGGAGUAGGCGAGAUGGAAGUAGAGAGUCUAAUACAAUAAAAAACACUAGUAGAAGAAGGGAGGGAUACAAAGAUGGAGAGAGUCGGCAUGCUGAUUCUGAAAGAAGCAACAGGCUAGCUUAUGCUGACCCAAGGGGAGGUAAAAGUGACAAAAGUAGAAUUGAUCUAAGGGCUCGAAUAGAGUUGUAUUCUAGUGAAGAAGACUCUACAGACCAAAUAAAUGAAAAGACGUCACACUUUCAAGAAACGAUAGACAUUAUUCAGAUGCAAGAGAUGUCAGAAAAAGAGUGCAACAGAGAGAUGAAAAGAAAUACAGAGAUUCUAGUGAAGAAAUUCAUUACACAAAAGAAGAACGAAAUAUGGGAAGUAGGAGUAUUGACAGAAACACAACUAGGAGAGAUGGGAUAA